UGCCCGGCGCCGGCUUCCGGGUGAGGCGAACGCUGCGGGGAGGAGGGCCAGAGUGGCGGAGUAGCGGCAGCGAGUGGGCGUGUACGGAGGACGGUGUGGCGGGCUGGCCAGCGUCCCGGGUUCUGUGGGUUCUAGCCUGAGAGCACGGAAGGAACCUGGGCUGGCCGCCUGUCGCUGUCACCCGGCAUGUCGGCCGAGGCUUCGGGCCCGGCGGCAGCCGCGGCCGCGUCCCUGGAAGUCCCUAAGCCCUCGGCACUGGAGGCUGGUUCGGCCGCCGCGUACAGUCUGAAGCCGCUGACCCCGAACAGCAAGUAUGUGAAGUUGAACGUGGGCGGUUCGCUGCACUACACCACACUGCGUACCCUCACGGGGCAGGACACGAUGCUCAAGGCCAUGUUCAGCGGCCGCGUGGAGGUGCUCACGGACGCCGGAGGUUGGGUGCUCAUUGACCGCAGUGGCCGCCACUUUGGUACCAUCCUCAACUACCUGCGGGACGGGUCGGUGCCACUGCCCGAGAGUGCCAGAGAACUCGGGGAGCUGCUGGGCGAAGCACGCUACUACCUGGUUCAGGGCCUGAUCGAGGAUUGCCAGCUGGCCCUGCAGCAAAAAAAGGAGAACCUGUCGCCGCUGUGCCUCAUCCCAACCCUGACAUCUCCCCGGGAGGAGCAGCAGCUCCUGGCCAGCACCUCCAAGCCCGUGGUGAAGCUGCUGCACAACCGCAGUAACAACAAAUACUCCUACACCAGUACCUCCGAUGAUAACCUGCUUAAGAACAUUGAGCUGUUUGACAAGCUGGCCCUGCGCUUCCACGGACGGCUGCUCUUCCUCAAGGACGUGCUGGGCGAUGAGAUCUGCUGCUGGUCCUUCUAUGGGCAGGGCCGCAAGAUUGCCGAGGUCUGCUGCACAUCCAUCGUGUACGCCACGGAGAAGAAGCAGACCAAGGUGGAGUUCCCAGAGGCCCGGAUCUUUGAAGAGACCCUGAACAUUCUGAUUUACGAGACCCCCAGAGGCCCAGACCCAGCACUCCUGGAGGCCACAGGAGGCGCAGCUGGAGGAGGUAGGGCAGGUCGCGGGGAGGAUGAGGAGAUGCGAGAGCACCGUGUCCGCAGAAUCCACGUUCGGCGCCACAUCACCCACGAUGAGCGUCCUCACGGCCAGCAGAUUGUUUUCAAGGACUGACCUCUGACCCGUGUCCAGUCUCCUGCCUCUGGACACCCCCCUCCCUGCCUCGACUUUGCUGGCCAAGUCGUGGCCCCUCCCUAUCUGCCCUACUUUCCCUGCGGUUGCAUCACUGCAUGGGACGGUCCACCUCCGCCAUGGCCCUUCUCAAGUCAUCCUCACUCGCUGCUAACAACACAGGGCACCCUCACACUUCCCUGCGUUCCCAUCCCUGCCCCAACCUCCUUCCCUCAGCAGCUGGGUUGGAAUGAUUCAGAAUUCCCUUUGCCUUUUUUUAGUGUGUUGCCCACGCUCAAGUGUCAAGGAUGACACCCACCACUUUGGAGCCACCCCACUCCCGCCCACCCCAUGCAGGGUAACUUACCCCCUCCUCGUCCCUCCCUGUGCCCAUAACUUUGUACAAGGCUGGCCUGGACCUGGCCCAGCUCAGCCAUUUUCUUGAUCUGUUUCAUAUUAUUUAUUAUUUAAAUUUUCUAUUAAAUUAUUGGAAUAAAGUGGAGUAGAAGGUGUGAUGCCAGCUCUCCCAGCAGAGGCGCUGAGGGCCACCUGUGCUAA